AUGAGCAACGAAUACAUAAAUAAGGAAGCCGCCGCGCCCGCCGUCGGUAACGUCGCAAGCAGAGAACCAGGUUCAGGGGACGACCUUGGUAGAAAUAGUAAAGGAAAUUAUCCUCCUGAAAACGACACCACAUCGAGCGGCGGUUAUGGCAGCGCCAACGUUUGGUCGGACCGAGUUCAAAAAGGCGACCCUGACAGCGCCGUCGAUAGCAAGUCAACCAUCACAGAAAGCCAGCCUUCCGGUGGAUUGAUUGAUCAAUCUUUGAACGGCACCAGCCUUAAGUCGGGGUUGGCAGACGCCAAGCAGGGCGUCGACGAAGACACACGUCGGGAUAUAGAUUCGUUGAACCCGUACGGAAAGAGCAGUUUGGACAGUAGUUCCAAUGCUUGA